AUGCGUGGCCUUGAGGGCGUGGUGUCCGGGGCUGCGGCCUUGCCACCGCCCCUGCGGCCAGGCGCCGCCGAUGGCGUUUCUGAGGUGACGCGCUGCUGGCACCGACCCUCUCUCGGGGCGGGGGCAUCACCCAUGAACCUCUCGUCGGCCCUCUUCGUCCGGCGCCAGAACAUCGGAUCAGAAGUUGAUAAUUCCACUAUUGAGAAACAAAGGAAGGAGCUGCAGUUGCUCAUUGGAGAACUGAAAGAUCGAGAUAAAGAGCUCAAUGAUAUGGUUGCAGUGCAUCAGAGACAACUUCUUUCAUGGGAAGAGGAUCGGCAGAAAGUGUUGACUUUGGAGGAACGUUGCAGCAAAUUAGAAGGUGAGCUGCAAAAAAGAACCGACAUAAUCAAGUCACUCAUGAAAAAGGUCAAGAUCCUUGAAUCCAAUCAAACAGAAUGUCAGACAGCUCUUCAGAAGACUCAGCAACAGCUUCAGGAAAUGGCUCAAAAAGCUACACACUCUGCCCUUCUCUCAGAAGACCUUGAGGCUAGAAACGAAAAUCUCAGCAGCACAUUAGUGGAACUUUCUGCUCAGGUAGGACAAUUGCAAGCUAGAGAGCAGGCUCUCACUACCAUGAUAAAGCUAAAGGACAAAGAUAUUAUUGAGGCAGUCAAUCACAUUUCAGACUGUUCGGGUAAAUUUAAAUUGUUAGAGCAUGCUUUACGUGACGCUAAGGUGGCAGAGACUUGUAUUGUGAAAGAAAAACAAGAUUACAAGCAGAAAUUGAAGGCACUUAGGAUUGAAGUCAAUAAACUGAAAGAGGACCUAAGUGAAAAGACAACAGAAAACAACGAACAACGAGAAGAGAUCAUUCGCCUCAAGCAAGAGAAGAGUUGUCUACAUGACGAAUUGAUUUUUACUGUUGAGAGAGAAAAGAGGAAAGAUGAGUUACUUGAUAUUGCAAAGUCAAAGCAAGAUCGCACAAAUUCAGAGCUGCACAGUCUGAGACAGAUUUAUGUAAAACAACAGAGUGACCUGCAGUUUCUUAAUUUCAAUGUAGAAAAUUCUCAGGAAUUAAUACAGAUACAUAACUCAAAGAUGGAGGAAUCAAAAGUUCUGGAAUGCAGCAGAGACUUGUGCUUAUCAGACCUUGACAAUAACUACCCAAAAAUCGAUAUUAAGAGAGAGAGAAAUAAGAAGUCAUUGGUUAAGGAUCAAAAGUUUGAGGUCACGUUGACUCAGCACAAUAGGUCAGACAAGAGCUGUUGUGAUGCAUGCAAAGAGAAGAAACUACAGGUUAAUACUUCGUUUGGGGAAAAAAGUGUAAUUGCUCUCUCAUCUCUAUUUACCAAAGACUUACUGGAGAAACAAAAGUCUUGGUCUCUGGGUGGAAAAAUCAAGACUGAACCUGAAAGCAAAGUUAAACUAUGCAGGCUUCAUGCAAAAUCACCAAAAGGCAAUGGAGUGGAGUUUCAGAUGGAAGAGAAGCAGCUUUCAGAGACAUCCAUCUCAAUACCCGAUGAGAAGCAGUGGCAUGACAUCAACGUUUUUCUGGGUCUUUCCAACUGCUCUGCCUGCAAACAGCCAGAAAAGCUGGAUGGUGACUGCCACGACCCUGCAGAACCACCUGAAAUCUCAUGCUGCACCCAAAAUGAAGCCUGUAUAAAUGACAAUGACCUGUAUGAGUCCAAGUGCUGCCACCCAAGUAACAUCAUCAUCGAAGCUCCAGGGCACAUGACUGACGUAGAGUGGAUGAACAUUUUCAAACCUUCCAAAAUGCAACGCAUUGUUCGCCACAAAACCUUGUGCACUUGUUCAGGAGCCGACAGCAGGGUAAAAUAUAAUUCCUCAGCAAGUGAGCUCACUGGCGUUCAGUCUCCUCAGUGUUUGGGUUCCUCAAAGUCUCCUGAAAGAGAAGAUGAGUCAGAUGCACCUCCUGACAAAAGAACCUCACCCAAGAGUGUAUUCAUCAGCAAAGAUGCAGCAUUGUCCAAUGAAAAGGAUGACUUUUCUCCUACCAGUAAGCUCCAGCGCCUGCUGGCUGAGUCUCGGCAGAUGGUCAAUGAUCUGGAAUUGAGCACACUGCUGCCCAUCAGCUGUGAUAAUCUCAACAGAAGUAAGCAGGACUCCAAUUGGAAGGCAGAAAGUGGAUACCAUACUUUAUCUGAAGACAAAGGACUGUGAUUCCCAUGUAAGCAGCACUUAAUACAAAGGCAAGCAGAAACUCAAAAGUUCACUUCUUAAAGCAUCUAUAUUUUGUUUUUGAUGAGCCAUUUUUGUGUAAAAGAUAUUUUCAUGCCUAAAAAAUGAGGCCUUGCUCUCUACAUGUGUUUGGAAAUAUGCUAAAAGGAAAAAAAUCCCACUCUGUCAAGAUGCAGACACUUGCAGUGUUUGAGAGCCCUGCGUGGAAAGUGCUGCUUUAGUUGUCUGCCUUCUUAAAGCUUGGGUGUAUAUUCACACCAUGACUGACCUCUCAGAGUCAGCUUCCUGUAUGUGACACAGUCCUUCUUCUCUUAUGGUUUCAGUGCUGGACUUUGUGUUGAUGGACAGGAGACAAAGUGUGUAAAGUUUGAAAUGUGACACUGUCACCUGGGGUGCUGCAGUUCAGGCCCAUCCGUCCUCAGGCGACAGCUACAUCACAUCUGGCUUUGUAGUAGGCAGUUCACUCACACAAGACAGCCCUGGAUGGAAGAUCGCUUUAUGUGGAUUUUAAUAAAAUGUGUUGAAGACCAAAAGUUCCAUUUAACUUGUAAUUUAAUUUUUUAAAACAUUAUACUAUUUGCCUCUGUUCUUUCUACCAGAA